AAACUGACACGUCUCUUUUCUUCACUCGCAAGAAUUUUUACAUACAUCCCGCUUUCGACAGAACAGCUUGUUUUUCAGCUCCAACCACGCGAAAGCAGACAAGGCACAUACCCAUUUGAGGACACGAGGAGGUGAAGAUACGCACAGACGUUAACAGCAACGCACCCUUUCCCCUUCCAAAAUGGAAGAGGAAGGGCCCCGUGUCAAUAGCUAUUUCGUCUCGCCAUUCCCAUCUAUCAGCAUUCUGGUCGACAGUCCAGAUGGAAUUGCUGGAAAUGUAGUUGGUUUCGGGACCGCAGUCGUCGUUGGUCUCUCUGCAGACAUCGCUUUCAAAUUUUCCCGUCGAAUUAGACGUGGACCUUGGGGCGAAACCAACUUUAACCAGGCCGAGAUUGAGAGGAAAGAGGAUUUGGAAGAAUUGAUUCGACGUGAAUCCCAAAACUAUGCAGUACUUUCAGCUGCCUUGAACAUGCAUCCCAAUCCCAAUAUCCUUCAGCCAUGUUUCGCUGUGCCCGAGGGGAUUUUGAUGCCACGUCUGAAGGCCAGUCUCCAGUCUCUGCAAGAAGGUCCCGAUUACAUUCACACCACUUUCCACCAGAGGCUACUUUGGGCCAAACAAAUUGCUAAUGGGUUGGCCUGGUUGGAAAAAGCCGGAUUUGUUCACGGUGACCUGCGCCCUGCAAACAUCCUCCUUGACAAUCAUGGCAAUGUCGUCCUCGCCGACUUUGGCAGCUCAGCUCCGUACAGAACGGCUCAGGUUACCUGUGCUGAUCUGUACUACCCCCAUUUUAACUAUGCUGGUUAUUGGAGCGAGAACUAUGCUAUGGGAUGGGUUCUUUACAGCCUCUUCCAUGGGAGUGUCCCUGACAAGUUUAACGAUCAAAUCGAGCCACUACAGGAAGCUCAACUACCGCCUGCCAGCCAUCUCCCUCUUGGUUACAUUAUGGAAAAGUGUUGGCGCCGUGCAUAUCCUUCGGUCCGCGAAAUGGAGCACGAUGUGUUGCACGAGUACAGCCUCCAUCAGGAGUGGCGCUAUGUUAUUCGAGACCGAGUUACAGACUGGCUUCGGGUUUUGCGCAUCUGGAUGUUCAAAAAUUCCCAGCUCCGCAUGAUGCAAAGAACGUAUCACAAGCUCCGGAUGGAGAACCUUCCUUACUUCUGGCAAGUGAAGAGGUAUGAAGACGGCAAGGCCGCGAAUAAUGCUGCCUGAUUGCCGAGCACGAACCAUUAUCUUCGAUCUCAGACCGCCUGCAAGUCAAGAUCAUAGGUACUGCUGAGGAGAUUGGACUGGACUGAGGAAACUAUCUGGUGGCCAUGAGAUUGGUUGGGUUUGGGCCAAAGAAGCCGUGCACAGUUCAUGGAACCGGGAAGACGAGGAAUUCCGUUUGUCCGGAUGAGGUGUGUCUCUGAUUUUAUGUCUCCAUUUAUAUUAGAAAAGCCCUCGUAACAAGUUUCGACUUUUCCCCUUCUGUGGAAACAUUUAGUCGAGAUGAUUUCAAUCCCUAAGCUUAAGAUUUCGCUCAUGGCAG